ACGGUUUUGCUUCCUUUCUCCCCUUUGCAACGAGGUCUUUCUCUACAAACCACCCUUUGUCGUCGAAGACACUAAACCACCGUCCGUUCCUUCCUCACUUUUCUACUCGACCACAAUGAAGUCUUUCGCUGUCCUCUCCGCCGUCGUCGCCGUCGCGGUCGCCCAGUCAAACCCCUUGAUUCCCUCUGGAAUCAGCGACUCUUGCCGCACCUUCUUGACCAACCUCAACACCAACGCUGAUAUCGCCAAAUGCACCGACGCGCUCACCACCGCCCUCAGCAGCUUUGCGCCCGGCAAGACUGAUACCGCGACCGCCUCCGACAUCACGGGCGCUCUCAACAACCUUUGCUCGACGUCGACCACCGCCGCCUGCCCCUCGAGCGUCAUCAGCUCGCAGGUCACCAACUUCUACGCUGCCUGCCCCGAUGAGCUGACCUCGAGCCCCAACGCUGAUGUCGUCCGCAUGUACGAUAUCAUCUUCUCCAUCGUUCCCAUGCAGAAGGCCAUCUGCUCCAAGGGCGAUGACGGCAAGUGGUGUGUCAUGUCCGGCAACCCCCUCAGCGACUCCUCGGCCAGCGACCUCCAGUCCUCGCUUUACACUCAGGAUGGCCAGACCAUCAUCCCCAACACUGAUGCUUUCAGCAGCAACAACCUCCCCUUCCUUCUCCUCUCCCCCGACUUGGACAAGGAGGCCCUUUGCACCGCCUGCACCCGUAACGUCCUUUCCGCCUACAUCACUUACGAAUCCGAUGUCCCCUACGCUCCCGGCCUCGGCAAGAGCCAGCUCCUCGGUGAGCAGGGCGCUCUGUUCUCCGCCGUCCAGGAAAAGUGCGGUGCCAAGUUCAUGGACAACGAGAUCAAGGCUGCUGGUGGUCUCGGUACCUCCAACGGCAAUGGAAUCUUCUCCAGCGGCGCGGCUCCUUCCAUCGACGUCGCCUUCCAGAGCCUCAUGGCCGUCUUUGCAGGCUUCACGACUCUGGCAGUUACCGCAGCCUUGUAA